UUAUAUUGCCGUUGUCUAUGGUAACAUCACUACCAACAAGAUGGCGGGGAACGUCGACACAGACAAGUAUUAUGUUGAAAAGGAGGAGAUUGCUGUAGACUCAGAUGAUGAGUUCGUUUAUGAGGAGGUCCCAGUUGAUGAUGAUCCAGUUCCUCCAGAGUUAGAGGAAGAUCUAGAUGCUGCCGUCAGGACUCUGAGGGAAGCAAAUGAAGAUGCUGAUGCGAGGCUUCAGAGGGAGCCUCCCCCAAAGCCAGCUGUGGUUCAGAAGCCAGAAGUUGUUGACGACUUUGUUCGCAAUUUCCUGAUUCAUAUGGGCUUGGGACGUACUCUUGACUGUUUCCAAACGGAAUGGUAUGAACUACAGGAAAAAGGUUUACUGAAAUACAAUGAAAUUGGAACUGUCCCAGAUGUGUACACUCGUAACCAGGAAAUGGAGAAUGAAAUUGAGUUCUUGCGGAAGGAAGCAAGCAAAUACAAAAAUGCAGCUUUGAAAGCAAAGGAAACUUAUGUGAAGUUGAGGAAAGAGAGAGAUUUCCACCGCAUGCAUCACAAGCGUGUUGUGCAAGAGAAGAACAAACUUAUUGACGACAUCAAGAGGCUGAAGCGUCACUACUCUCAGUACGCUCCCAACAUGGAGGCUCUCAAAGCUCGCUAUGAAGCUGCCAUGAAGGAGAAGAUGUUGGCCAACUUGGAGCGUGACAGGGCAGUCGGCCAAGUGAAUGGCCUUCAGAGCACCAUCAAGAGCAUGGAAGGAUUCCACGGUAGUGCUAAUAAGGAGAAUAAGACAGAGGCGAAAGGCCCCACUCAGACAGCUCUUCUCUUGGAGAGACAGAAGAAAGCCCUGGGCUCAGACGGAGAUGUGGCAGACUUGCCAUCCAACUUCAAGCGUUACCCGAAUGAUUCUGAAUUCCCUGUGGACAAUGGGGUCAACCCGUACCUGAACCAGGUCAAGGCUCCACCAGGUCAUGUGACCCGCACUGGAGGAUUUCGGCUGUCCAACACCUUCAGUGCCCACUCACACCCAAUCAGUGGUGUUGCCCUUCACCCUCGUAAGCAGAUACUAGCAACUUCUAGCGAUGACCAUACUUGGAAAAUGUGGGCGGUGCCUAGUGGGGACAUCAUCAUGACAGGAGAGGGGCACUCUGAUUGGGUCUCUGACUGUGACUUCCACCCAGCUGGGUCAAGUCUAGCUACCACGAGUGGUGAUUCGACGGUGAAGAUCUGGGACUUCUCAAAGGCUGCCUGCGUCCACACUUUCACAGAUCACACAGCUGCAGUGUGGAGUUGUUCCUGGCAUACUUGUGGAGACUUCCUAGCCACAAGCUCAAUGGACAACACAGCCAAAGUAUGGGACAUCAACAGUUUGAGGUGUAGAUUCACCCUCCGAGGCCAUGCAGACUCGGUCAACACAAUUGAGUUCCUUCCCUUUAGCAACACUUUGCUCUCCAGCUCUGCAGACAAAACUAUGUCUCUUUGGGAUGCACGCACAGGCUUAUGCGCUCAAACAUUCUAUGGACACUUGCAUUCUGUGAACCAUGCCACUUUCAAUCUCAGGGGUGACACUAUCGCCUCCUGUGACUCUUAUGGUGUCGUGAAGCUCUGGGAUGUCCGUGUUGUUGCGCCCAUGGCAAGCUUUGAGGUCGGACCCCACCCUGCCAACAAGUUGGCCUUUGACCCCUCAGGAGGUGUUCUGGCCAUUGCCAGCAACGAUAGCACCAUUAAAAUGUAUGAGAUCGGCACUGGUCAGAUUCAGUCUCUGGUUGGUCAUGAAGACGCUGUCCAGUGUUUGUGCUUUGACCGCAGUGGAGAGUUUAUGGUGUCAGGGGGAAGCGACUCCACUGUUCGCAUCUGGUCCUAGUUGAAAGUAGCAAUGUUUAGUGUGUCGUUAUUUUUGCUCAUGAAACUUUCAUCAUCAUUCUUAAUAUUUAUCAAAGAUUUUUUGUUGUUUCAACUUAAAACAAAUUCACCAAAACAGAAAUUCGACUUUGCACCUGUAAACUAUGGUUUGAUAAAAAGGGAUGAAAUUGUGACACCAUAUCAAGCAAAUCCGGUAUAAUGUUUUGGAAUAAUACCAUAACAAUUUAGUUAAGACUUUCAAAAGCCUUCAAUGUUGUAGAGAAGAUCAUUUCAGUAAAAUAGAAAUGAGCCUAUUAACUAUGUAAUGAUGACAUCAUUACUGAUCAGACAUUGUUGUCUAUUUCAUUAGAUACAAAAGGAUGUUGCUAAAUGCCUUAUUCAUUUUUUGGGUCAAAAAUUGAAAUGCUCCUGCACUAUUUAUAGGUGUAUUCUCCCAUAAAUGUAUGAACCAUUUUCAAGACCUAAGGCAGAAUGCCUAUUCUUGAAUCAUUUCAAUUCCAUAUAAAUACUGCAAACU